GAAAGGCUGAUGUUGACCAAAAAAUGUGUCAUCUUAACCACAGGUGGCGCCCUACACAACCUGCUUGAUCAACGGUAUUUACUGGGACCCCCAAACCCCCCGACUCCUCAGACGGCUGGACGCCCAGAAGCUGAUGAGACCGCUCAAAGGCUCGCCUGUAGCCACGGAGGGAUCGCCAUGGCUGCCUCACAAACUGCUGGCUAUCUGUGACAUAUCUGCCGACACCGGAGGCUCCAUAGAGUUCAUGAACGAGUGCACCACCAUCGAUAAGCCCUUCUGUAUGUACGACGCCGACCAGCACAUCGAUCACGACAGCGUGGAGGGAAACGGGAUCCUCAUGUGCUCCAUCGACAACCUUCCGGCUCAGCUCCCCAUCGGAGCCACAGAGUACUUUGGCGACAGACUCUUCCCCUACAUCUGGGAGAUGCUGCCUUCAGACGCCACCAGACCGCUGGACGAAGAGGACUUCAGCCCGCAAGUCAGAGACGCUGUCAUCACCUCAAACGGAGUCCUCACCCCAAAGUUUGAAUACAUCGAAAAACUUCGAGAAUCAAGGUAAGACUCAUUCCACACUGAAGCUG